GGGCGAGACAAAGGCGGCGGACCGGGGUCAGCGCACAGUGAGGAGCUCCGUUUUCAACUAAAAAAAGCUGCUAGUGGCUAACACUAGCUACUAGUGCUGCCCACAACUGAUCGCCUCCUCCUCCUAUUGCCUUCUUCUCAUCUUACCCUCAACAACUUGGCUUCAAAGAGGAAGAGGGCUUUCUUGGAUAGGACAAGACGAAGGUGACUCAUCAACACAGGCUUUUGUGAGCUGAUGUGAGAUCCCGGAGACUAUGCCUAGCCCUUUAUUCCACCCCGAAAUUAUGGACCACGACGUGGUGAUCAGCAGCCAGCACAGCGGGGAUCAGGAGUCCCGGGAUGAGGAGCACCAGGAGGCACUCCGCUUUGCCUUGGACCAGCUGUCACUCAUGGCUCUGGACAAAGUGGACUGUGGUGGCGGGGGCAAUGGACUGGACGCCUUGGAUGGGACCCCGGCUUCAGGCUCUGAAGGCUGUAAUGGAGUGGGCGGAGGAGGCUACGUGGAUCUGCAGAUGCUGGACCACCCCAGCGGGUCGCGGGAUUCGCCCACAUCUUGCUCCCCUUCCCCGGAAUAUUAUGGGUCUGGCGGCUACCACAUGGCUGGCUCUCACACCAUGCUUCACGGAGAACAAAGCUCGGUGCUCUGUAACAGGAAAAGAAGUGUAAACAUGACCGAGUGUGUCCCAGUGCCCAGUUCGGAGCAUGUGGCGGAGAUCGUGGGCAGGCAAGGUUGUAAGAUCAAGGCAUUACGUGCAAAGACAAAUACCUACAUAAAGACUCCAGUUCGGGGUGAAGAUCCUGUGUUUAUAGUGACUGGUCGAAGGGAGGAUGUUGAAAUGGCGAAGAGGGAAAUCGUGUCGGCAGCUGAGCACUUCUCCAUGAUCCGAGCUUCACGCUGUAAAGCAGGGGGUCCAGGGGGCGGAGGCUCACUCCCUGGACCACCUCACCUUCCAGGGCAGACUACCAUACAGGUGCGGGUGCCAUACAGAGUUGUGGGCCUAGUUGUGGGACCGAAAGGAGCCACUAUCAAGCGCAUCCAGCAGCAGACGCACACCUACAUUGUAACUCCAAGUCGAGAGAAGGACCCUGUCUUCGAGGUGACCGGGAUGCCCGAGAACGUGGACCGAGCCCGGGAGGAGAUCGAGACACACAUCACUCUGCGAACUGGCACCUUUGUGGAUCUGCAGGGAGACAACGACUUCCACACCAAUGGCACUGAUGUCAGUUUGGAGGGCCUGGGUGCACUGAGUGCUGGCCUAGGAGCCUCGCUGUGGUCCCGGGCAACUGGGCACCAUUCAGGCCCCUCUCCCCCCUCUCCUCCCCCAGCCCUCUCCAUGGCCAUGCAGCACUCAACUGGGCGAAAGCUGUCCUCUGCAACAUACCACUCGCACAAUGGCACCCUGAACUCUGAUGGUUUUACUAACAGUCGCAAAAGCAAUGAAGGGGGUAGCCCCACCAGUCCUUUUAGCACUGGCUCCAGCAGUGCUGGAGGGGGGCUCAGUUUUGGGGGUGACUCUACACCAGGAUUGCCUUCCUCUGAUGAACUGGGCUUCGAGUUCAGCACUUCCAACAUUUGGGCACCCUUUGUGAAUGGGACAGCCUCCAAGUCGAGCUCCUCACAGCAGCCCCUGCGCAGGAACAGCAGUGGUCUGAGCGGAGGGGCCAUUACACCUCGUCUGUCGCCUACUUUGCCUCAGGACACAGCCAUAGGAUCUCUGGAGCACCCGCUGGCCCGCCGCGCUCAGAGUGACCCGCUUAGCACCCUGUCCUGGCUGCAGUCGGGUGGCAGCAGCGGCUCCUUCUCGGCAGCGUCCAGUUCCAGCUCAGGUGCGUCCUCCACUGGGUACUCAUCCUGUUCGGCCUCCUCACUGCCUGGGGGCUCGCCCACCGACUCCGAGGGGGGCAGCAGUGGGCUGAGCGCCGGCAUGUUGAGCAGGCUUAAGAGCUCGCUCCCAGGUGUGGGCUUGGUGGGCGUCGGUGGAGCGGUCAACAGGGACUGUUUUGUUUGCUUCGAGAGUGAGGUUACCGCCGCUCUGGUACCUUGUGGUCAUAACCUCUUCUGCAUGGAGUGUGCGGGCCAAAUCUGCCAAUCUGCUGAGCCAGAGUGCCCUGUGUGCCACACCCCCACCACACAGUGCAUCCGAAUUUUCUCCUAAUGCCCAAAGGGAAACAGGGACAAUAUGAGGGCAGGAAGGGGACUGGAGAGGCACAACCGGUGGGAGAGGAAAUGGAAAGAUUGACACUAAUAAUCUUAACCUUCAACUAAAAUAAAUGCAUUAUAAUGCUAUUCAGACACUGACUUUUUGCUGAUAUUAACAAUAAUAAUAAUAAUAAUAAUAAUGACAAUUAUUUUCAGAAUGAAGUUAAUUAAACAGAUGGCUGGGACUUUAACAGUCUCUUAGCAGUGAGCUUAUGGAAACAAACUAGUGUCUUAUCUAUCUUCAUGCCUUCAUUUCACCUGGAUGGGCCUAUGCAUGGCUCUUUCUGGACAGUUCUCCAUCUGGCUUUUUCAGAUUUAUGCCUGCUUUCCGUCUCACAGCCUUUCCUUUUGACACUUUUGUAUUUAACAUAUUUUUGAUGAAGCUGACAGCGAGGCCUGCACUUUUUCUACUCUACUACUUAAUUUUAUUGUUCCUAAAGGAACACAAACUGUUCUGCAAUUCUCUGCUUUCUUGACUUUCUUACUCAUGCCGUUUGUGGUGUUCAGUGACAGUUUGCCAUUUUCUUAAAGCUCUGAACUUUUCUUUAAAGGUCGGCAUGUAGUCAGGCACUGAGCAGAACAAUAUAUGUCUGAUGGGUACAUUCUCUGCCACAUAAACAUGUGGUGAGCUUAGCCAAUGGUGAUGCCAAACAAAUGCUUGUGAAAGGAACACCUAGCAUUACCUUAAUUUUAAUGUAAAUGUACACAAGUGAGUGCCACUCAAUACUGUAACAACCGAGAAACUAAUAAUGAAGGCUUUUCUGAGGUUAGUUCUCUCUUUUUGGGCUGCCAGCGACCCCUUCAGUCUUCAUACAUUUGGGGUUGUUAGAAAUCAGAAGCCCAUGAUGUUUAACUUGACAUCACUGUGUCCUCAUCACAAAGAGGCGCAGCGUUUGUCCCACUGCUCCUCUGCUUCCCCAUCAUCCUUAGAAAGGCAAUCCAUCCACAUUUGAACAUUUCCCUCCACUAUGUAGAUUCUGUCUGUUACACUUAGAUCUGUGUAUUUAGUCUUUUCUACUAGUUUUAUGACUAUUGACUGUCAUGUGUGUGGCUUACAGACAUAUUUUGAUCUCUAGGAUAAGAUAGGGCUUUCUGAUGUCACACAUGAAUGUUUUGCCCACAGGGGUUUGAUUAGGGAGAAGUGGCUGCCUCUCUAUGUGAAACCAUUUCAAGGGGCUUGAUGAAACUAUUUUUCUAAUGCACUGACUAAUUUCCUGCCCCUCUAAAAUUCAAACAGCUCUUAACUGUUAUCGUUCAUUUACGGUCUUCCACCCCGAUUUCACAGCAAAGCUGUAAGGCACUCUUUCUGACGACACGCUGUUCACAAAGCUGCUGUCCUGGCCAAAAGCAGCAACACAAGUGUAGUUUGAGACCUGUCCUGUGUUUCUUAGCAUUACUGAGUAGGGCGGUUACACCUGUUUUGUGUUUGUGUUUUCUUGAAUUCUGUGUGAGUUUGCAGUAACUGCCUCAAUAGUGUUAAUACUUUUAUGUGGUAUGUAUGAUUUGGGUGACAUUGAUGGUUGGUGUUCUUGGCCACACUAAACUUAUUGGAAUAGCUCAUAGAAUGAGACAAGCCAUGACACGUGAUUUAACAGACAACACAGCUAAAGAUUUAAGGGCUUCCUCCGACUGCACAGAUUUUACCACCUUUUCAGGCUCUCAGUAGGAACAUCCAACUCCUUUAUGGCAGCUAGUAGCUAGGUCAUCCAGGGCUUCCAGACACUUUGUGUUCAAACUCCAGUGGCUGCAGAAAGUCCUGUAGAUUUGCUCCAAUGUUCUUUUUGAAUCGGUCUAUCCCAUUCCCUGCACACAUUUUCUUCCCCCUCUAUUUAUAGAAGUAUAAUUAACGUGUGUCCUCCUGUGGACAUGAAUGCACAUAAGGAAGUAUUAAGAGGUUUUUGAACAAGGAAAAAGGGUAACUCUACAUGAGUAAUAAUAAAACUGUGCUUUGGAGAUUCUGUGCAAAACUGAAUUGAUUGUGCUUUGCGCUCUCUAGGUGUGAGACUGAUGGUCUGUGACUGGGGACCCGGUUUAGUUCGGCACAGCUCUAAACACAUUGGUCAAAUUUGGCAGAAGUUGAAUCUUUAGCCAUCAUUUGUUUGAUUCGCACUGCUGAGCGAAUGGUAACAUGGUAGACCAGACAUCUCAGAGUUCUGUCGUGGGAGUGCUGUGUUGAUACUGGCAGCAUUAUUCAUUCAGAACACAGAGAGCUGUGAGUUAUUUGAAUACAGAGCAGUCAGGACAGUUGUCUCUUGAGGCCAACCAAAAGCCUAACUUAAAAUAUCCAAGCGAAUAUGUAAAAGAAUCAACUGUGUUGUUUGCCAGAUAUUUGGUGAUGCACCAGGUUUAUCUGACUCUUGUGUGAAUGUUAGAAUUAAUUCAUGUACAGUAGUUGUAGAAAAGGUACUUUUUAGAUCACCUGUUUUUUAUUUUAGCCAAAAGUAUCUCCUCCCCCCAUUCCUUUCUUAAAAAAAAUGAAAACAGGGUUUCUUGAGGCAUGCUAGCCAGUGACCUCUGACCUUUUUGUGACUUGUGGGGGGAGUGAAGAGAGCCACAGUUCAGGGGUGACUGAUCCCCUCCAGCCUCUGCUCUCUUCUUUUGCUUUAAUUCUUUGUAUGCAGAACCAAACUAGGGAUCAGGCCCAACCUGUGUAAAUAUCUGGAAUACAAUCAUUGGGAUGUUGUUUUCAAAAGUGUAGUUUCUAAAGAACAUGUAUCAUUAUUUGUAAGUUAACCAUCUGCAUGUCUUCAAGCCAUCUGGCUUUAGCUAAUAAUUUUUAUGAUGUAAAAAAAAAAGUUUUUACACAUUUUAUUUUUUACGAUUUAUUUGCAUACCUAAAUAUCCCAGACAAUAAUGUGACCCUUUUUUAUUACUUCAAACUUAUUUUUAUUUUCCAUUAUUUGCUUUAUUUCCUGUGUACUACAUAUAGGCAAUUUAUAACAAAAUGAGAAAAUUAUUGAGAAAUUUUAAAAUUGAAAUAUAUUUUAUUUGAAAGUUUAUGGACCUUUUAACCGUGAGCCGGGAAUAAUUGUAUAAUCAUAUAAUUUGAGCUGACUUUACGGUUAUGAGAAAUGUAAUAAGAGUUUUAUUUUUUAUGCUUCUUUAAUAAAGUCUUGUUUUUUGGUUUCAUUUUUUACUGUAAAAUAAAAAA